CUCCUCUUUUUGCAAAUAUUUUCGUUGCGGGAUCAUGGGUUCUUCUCUUCCUCUUUGUUUGGUCACUGAGGAAAAGAGGAAAGAAAAGGAAAGAGAAGAAAAGGAACGAAAAUUGUGGGUUUUAUGUUUUAUUUUGUCAUUUAUUUUCAAAAUGGAAAAAUCAACUCAAGUAAGACCGUACGGGACAUAGUUGAGUUAAGGCUGAGUUCGUUGGAAUUCCUUGUUUUAUCCGGAUAAGAAUCUUAGAAGGGUUUUUUUUUUCUUAGCAAUCAAACAGAUGUUUCUGUUAUUUUCCGUAUGCUUGAUUUUUUUUUCAAUUGUGCUUACAAACUUUCAUUUGUUCAUCCUAGUUACUACUAUCUGUUUUCAAAUGUUUCCUGUAUUAAUAUCAUUCUACAUGAUUGGAUUUUUCUUAUAAUUUCUGGGCUUAGGAUGAAUUAGGUUACAGUGAAACAUUGUCCCAUACUUCUGAUCGCUUGUGUAUUACUAAGAAAAUAAAUUACUAAAGAUGUCCAAAAAUGAUUCUGCAAGGGAUCAUAAAUUUUUUGCUUCAAGAUUUUGAUUUGGGUCAGUUGAAGUAAUUUUUGUUCAACCUAUAUUAACUCAGACUUUGAUUCAAGGCCCUUUCUGCAUAUGAUCAUGUCUGAAUCACUGAACAUGUUGAAUUAUGUUCAUAUAUUUAUAAUUCCGAAAAUGUGAUUUUCAUUGAAAUAUCGUGCAAUUCACACCUCAACUGAGGAAAAGCAACUUGACUUUUUAUCAAGUGGUUGCUUGGCUUCUUGGUGAACCACACUCUGGUCCCAGAGUUGGAUUUCCUUACUCCAAUGCAGGAAAUCCCGGUACCAGCUCUGUGGAGAAACAUGCUUAUUUUUACCCUUAACUAGAGCUUGGACUUUAACAGGUUUUUUACAGACACACAGUUGUGAAUUGUGAUGGACAAUUAAAAGGGACCGGGAGAGAUCUAGUGAACCCAAGUUACAAUUUUUAAUCGUACCUGCUGAUUCUCUUUUGUGGGGCAGUAACAAGCCUUAGAUUACUACCUUGAGCCUGAAUGGCUGGAAAAGCUGCUGCAACUCAAUCAGCUGCUGCUUUUGAGUUUGAACUUUUUGAAGGAGAUCCUGAUCAUCUUAGGACUGUUGUAGCAACACCAAACCUGAUUAGUCCAUGGAUUGAUCCUGCAACAUUGAAACUGAGACACAGAAUUGGUAGAGGGCCCUUUGGCGAUGUCUGGUUAGCAACCCAACAUCUGUUCGCAGAAGAUUAUGACGAGUAUCAUGAAGUGGCUAUCAAAAUGUUACAUCCAAUCAAAGAGGAUCUUAUGAAGGUUGUAUUGGAUAAAUUGGAAAACUUAUUUUCUAAAUGCCAAGGAUUAAAAGGUGUUUGCUGGCUACAUGGGAUUUCGGUUAUAAGUGGAAAGAUUUGUAUUAUCAUGAAAUUCUAUGAGGGAUCUCUUGGUGACAAAAUGGCUCAUCUUAAAGGAGGGAAGCUUUCAUUGCGUGACAUUUUGAGGUAUGGGAUCGAUUUGGCACAAGCAAUUUUAGAACUGCACUCAAAAGAGAUUCUGGUUCUUAACCUUAAGCCUUAUAACUUCCUACUUGAUCAAAAUGAUGAAGCAAUUCUCGGAGAUUUGGGGAUUCCUUAUUUACUGCUUCAGAUUCCAUUGCCAAGCUCAGAUAUAGCUCGAAGACUUGGAACUCCAAACUACAUGGCUCCAGAACAGUGGCAACCAGAAGUAAGAGGUCCCCUGUCCUUAGAGACCGACUCAUGGGGAUUUGGUUGCAGCAUUGUGGAGAUGUUGACUGGUGUUCAGCCUUGGUGUGGAAAGUCAGUUGAGGAGGUCCAUGACUCAGUUGUCAGAAAGCAAGAAAAACCAUUUAUUCCAAGUGGUCUUCCUCCUGCUGUCGAGAGAGUUAUCAUUGGUUGCUUUGCUUAUGACUUCAGGAGUCGACCUUCAAUGAAAAAUAUAUUAGAAGCAUUCAAAAGCUCUGAGAAUGCAGUCUACAGUGAUGGAGGCUGGACAGGGCUUGGGAGUAGAACAAUUACGGACAAUUUUAUUGUUAAUGGUUACUCAGAAUGGUUUCUCUCUAAAGAGAAUUUCCUAGUGGGUGACCUGGUGCGUUCGAGGAAGCCACCGCACUCAUGCAAACCUGAGAACAUGGAUGUGCCGGGAGGAACCGUGGUGGGUUUAGAACGGGACUCUGAUCAAGAUGGUUACGUUCUGGUGAGGGUGCUCGGCAUCCAUGAUCCUUUAAGGGUUCAUAAAUAUACAUUGGAGCGGGUUACAUCAGGCUUAGCAGCAGGGGAUUGGGUGCGUUUGGAGACUGAAGACAGGAGGAAUUCACGGGUGGGUAUUCUUCAUUCUAUCAGUCGUGAUGGCAGCGUGGAUGUUGGAUUUAUUGGGAUGGAGACUCUUUGGAAGGGAAGUUGUACCAAUCUCCAGAUGGCAGAAUCUUAUUGCAAGGGGCAGUUUGUGAGGCUCAAGGCAAACGUUUUAAGCCCACGAUUUGAAUGGCCUCGGAAGAGGGGCGGGGCUUGGGCCACAGGAAGGAUUUGGCAGGUCCUUCCAAAUGGAUGCUUGGUUGUUAACUUCCCAGGGAGGCUGCCUAUAGGAGAUGAAUGCAGCAGCUUCUUGGCAGACCCAGCUGAAGUGGAACUGGUUUCUUUUAAUACUAGUCCUGGAUUGGUGAAGAAGUAUCAACAUCUGGAGGAUUUUCACUGGGCUGUGAGGCCACUUCUAAUUGCACUGGGCCUAUUUUCAGCAAUGAAGUUUGGCAUUUUUGUUGGAAAGAAGAUAGGAAUAGGAAGGUCAAAGGAGAAGAGAGGCCAGAGCACUAUGACACAGAACGAGAGUCAACGUUUGGACAAUCAGACUGCCGGCAAUGCAGCUUGGCUUCCUCAAACAGUGGCAGUCUCCUCAGAGAAGGUGUUAGCUCAGGUAAUGGCCGGUAAAUUUCUGCCCAAGAGCUAAGUGGAACUUUGCUGGCAUGUACAUAAAAUUGCAUGAGGAAAUCCAUUAGCUGGUUUAGAACCAAAAAGUACUGCAAAAUGGGUAUCCAAGUUGAUGAAUUUACGGUGGUGUAUAUAUACUUUUAAAGUGAAUUCAGUGCUAUAAAUAUGUCUAUUUUUCUGCUUUA